ACACAACACUACGCCACCAAGACGCCUAGUACGAUGACUGCGCGUCCCACGCCCCAGGGGGUCAACCACCCCACAUUCAAGGCCGCCGCUUUUGAGCAUGGUCUCUCGCUGCCUGGCUUGUACGAGUACCACGCCAAGCACAGCCCCAGCCACGCCGUCUUCACCUAUGCGGACCCCGCCACGAACGAACCGCACGACGUCUCGUACGCCGAGGCUUGGGAGAAGAUCAGCGCCAUCGCGCGCAUCGUCGAGCGUAACUACCAGCAGUCCUCAACCAAGAAGAGCGAGGGCGGCCGCCCCGUCAUCGGCAUCCUCGCCAUUUCCGAUGCGCUCAGCUACAUCUUCAUAGAGAUGGCCAUCAUGAGCCUGGGCUAUACUGCGUUCCCCUUGUCGCCGCGCAACCUGCCUGUGGUUACGGCGCACCUGCUCGAGAAGACGGGCGUCUCGCAGCUCUAUGCUAGUGAAGAUGCUGCGAUGCAAGGUUCCGCUAAGGCCGCCGCCAAGCUCCUGGAGGAGAAGGGGCUGCACGUGGACCUGCUGCCUAUGAUCAAGCCCGAGGAGUGGGUGUCGCUCCCUGCUGGAGUAGAGCCGUUUUCGCCAGUGGAUAUCGCGGACACCGACGUGACCGUCAUUCUGCACUCGUCUGGAACCACCGCCUUCCCGAAGCCAAUUCCUAUCACCCGCCGAGGACUGAUCAACCUGUCGAACAUCCCAUGUUUCGGCGAAGUCGAUUUGGCGGGGAAGCGCAUCGCGGCGCACACUAACCCCAUCUGUCAUGCGAUGGGCCUUGCGACGAUGAUGUGGCCGUUGUCGAGUGGAUCCACGUUCGCGCUGUACCCCCCAGAGUACCCACCCCGGAUCCCGACGCCCGCCGACUUCCUCGCUGCAUGGGUCGCGUGUAAGUCCGACAUCGUGUUUUGUAUCCCAGCGUUCAUCGAGGCAUGGGCACGCGACCCCGCGAACCUUCCCACUCUGCAAGCGCUCACCUGCAUCGUCUUCUCCGGCGCGCCCAUCAACAAGGCUAUCGGCGACAAUCUCGCGAAGGCGAGGGUCACCCUGCACCCCUUCUGGGGAAGCACGGAGGUGGGGCCCGCGACGAUGUUCAUCCCGCGCGACCCGCCACCGGUUGACGAGUGGGAGUACUUCAAGUUCUCGCACCAUAUCACGUUCAAGCUCGAGCCGCAGGAGGGGCUCGAUGGGAUCGUCGAGCCUAUCAUGAUCCCGACGGACGUGUGCUUCCCGCAGGUGACGAACGCGGAGCGCGACGGCCAGCGCGUGUUCGCGGUGGGCGACCUGCUCGAGCCCCACCCCACCGACAAGAACCGGUGGAAGGUGUUCGGGCGCGUGGACGACCAGAUCGCGCUCUCGACCGGGCAAAAGAUCAACCCGGUUCCCUAUGAGAGCACCGUCGCGCACGACCCGCACAUCGCGUCCGUGCUCGUGUUCGGGAACACGCGCGUCGAGCCGGGCCUGCUCGUCGAGCCUGCCACGGGCACGAGCGUCCCGCCUGGCGACGCGCAGAAGCUCGAGGAAUACAAGACCCUCAUCUGGCCUGCGAUCGAGAAGGCUAACACGCUGGUCCCCGAGUUCGCGCACAUCAAGCGGAACAUGAUCGUGGUAACCUCCGCGGAGAAGCCGCUCGAGCAUACCCCAAAGGGCACCGCGCGCCGCGGCGUGUGUCUGAAGCUGUACGAGGCGGAGAUCGACGCGGUGUACGCCGCGGCGGAGGCGGAGGUCGCCCCGGAGCACAGGCAGUUCCCCGACCGCGCGCAUGGUUGAGCGCAAGAAGAAGAGAGUAAGGUGGCGUGAUGUGUUGUGUAGAUGUAUGUGUGAUAGGCGGAUUGAAGAAGGGCGUCAUGUUGAAGCGGAUUGUGUAUUGCGGACUCGGUGUUGUACUGUCCUAGAGGAAUGAAUAUGUUUGUAAG